GGGGGCCCUCGGCCCCCAAUUCCCCCCGCCCCCUCUGCCCCGCUGGGGCGCCGCCCGCACCUGCCUGUGGCUCCUAGCGCGGGAAGAGGUGGAGAGGGAGGCCCGCUCCUCGAGGACCUUUGGGGGUCAGGAAGGUGGGGGGGAGUGUCUCCUUCUCACCACUCCCCUCGUCCAGACCCCAGAGCCCCGGAAGCCCUGUGUCCUCACGUGACCCGAAGGAGGCCCCUUCUUUGUCAGAGGAAGGCAGCAGGCGCCUGGGAGCCAGCGUCCCAGAGAGGGCGCUGAAACGGGAGUGGAUCCCGCCAGGUCCCCGCAAUUGUACGGGUGCAGUCAGCAAAGGGUACUUGUGUCUCCGUUUCUCACGCCCACUGCCCUUUUCUUCAUCCACACUCCCGUCGUCUCCAGCGGACUCCCCUAAGAGGGUUCAUCUUGAUAGAGGGUUGAACAAGGGAUUGGGUUGUAGAGACAGUUACAGAAUUCAAACGUGAGUUCGGCCUCUCAGCAGGUUCCAGGACCCCAAAGGAUAGGGCUGGGAAUGCAAACCAGGACAUCACCCCUUCCUGGGCUUUCCUUACGUACAUGAUGCCCACACUCGGGUUUGCUCUCAAGCCUGAAUAGGAGUCCAGAGAAGAUAAAGGUUCUGGUAAGAGCAGAUUUAAUUUCUACUCAGAAGCACAAGAAAAUGGUUCAUUUCAGCCAGAAUCUCAAGUCCAGGGCCAGCUGCUUUCCAAAGGAAGAGGAAGCCUGCUUCUGUGUCGCUCCUGGGGUCCAACUCAGGGCAUGUGGUUGCUGCCCAAAUCCUGCCCCCAACAGGUCCGUGGUGUGAAGGGGAGUGGCUUUCUCCAGGCAUCACAGUCCUAGUGGUCUUUGCCCCCAGAGCAGGUGGCCCUGGUAAUCGGGGGCCUCGCUGGGGGGCUGCUGCUGCUACUGCUAUUGAUCUGGGUGAGCUGCUGUCUCUGGAAGAGGCUUUGUGCCAUGUUCACCUAUGAGGAGCUGCCAGGGACCACAGCUGCGUCCAGCACACAAGGGGACAAGCUCUGCCCGCCAUAUGCCGCCAGGACCCAGACAAGCAGCCUCUGACACUCAACCCCUAUGGGCUGUGGGAGCCACACCUUCCACCUGCCACCAACAUGUCAUCUUCCCGCCUCGGGACAGGCCACCAGGUGUGCCAUUCGUGGUGCCCCCUUCCUUCCAAGACCGAGACUGGGUACCCCUGAACAGUGGAGAGUGGGCUCAGGUCCCACGGGACCCCUGCCCAGCCCCGGAGCUCCUGCCCCACACCUCCAGCAGCAACCUUGGCAUGGUGGGGACCAUCAACCCAGAGCUGUACAAGUUCCUAGAGGACACGAGUGAGACGGACUUCCCUGAAGGUUGCCUGGGGCGGCUGUGGUUCUCCUUGGAAUACCAGCAGGAAGCCGAGCGGCUGUUGGUGGGCUUGAUCAAGGCGCGGAGGCUGCAAGGCCCCUCAGAGACCUGCAGCCCCCUGGUGAAGCUUCAUCUGCUGCCUGACGAGCGGCGCUUCCUCCAGUCCAAGACCAAACGCAAGACCUCCAACCCGCAGUUUGAUGAGCACUUCAUCUUCCAGGUGUCCAGCAAGAGCAUCACUCAAAGAGUACUCAGGUUCUCCGUGUACCACGUGGACAGACAGAGGAAGCACCAGCUCCUGGGCCAGGUGUUCUUCCCCCUGAAAAACGAGACCCUGGCAGGUGACUGCCGGCGCCUCAUCUGGAGAGACCUGGAGGCUGAGAGCCUGGAGCCUCCCUCUGAGUUUGGAGACCUGCAGUUCUGCCUCGGCUACAACGACUGCCUGCGCCGCCUGACCGUGGUCGUGCUUCGAGCCAAGGGCCUCCAGCUCCAGGAGGACACGAGUUUUGUCAUGGCUGUGAGCAACGGGGGUCCUGGCGCCCAGAGUGGGCCGUGCCCUCCCAGCCAGACCUCCCACAGGCCAGAGGCUGGACCCCGCCCGCUCCUCCCGGCCCACGGUCUGCACUGCCCCGCAGGUGUGUGUGUCAAAGUGUCUCUGAUGAACCACAACAAGUUUGUCAAGUGCAAGAAGACUUUGGCUGUCCUGGGCUCCGCCAACCCCGUGUACAGCGAGACUUUCAGCUUCAAGGCCGACCCCGCUGAGCUGGACACUGCCAGCCUCAGCCUGACCGUGCUGCAGGGCGCCGAAGGAGAGAAGAGCCACGCGCUGGGCCGGGUGGUGGUGGGCCCCUACAUGUAUGCCCGGGGCAAGCAGCUGGAGCACUGGAACGAGAUGUUAAGCAAGCCCAAGGAGCUGGUGAAGCGCUGGCAUGCCCUCUGUCGCACCACUGAGCCCUGACCCGGCUCACGCCCUCGGGUCUGCGGGGGGAGCCUGCUCUCCUCUCCCCUGUGGCAGCCGCAGGCCUGGAUGCUCCAGCCAGCAUCUUGCUGGGCUGCUAGGCCGGCCGGAGCCAGGGCACGGUGAGUGCCACCACGCAGGAGAGAAGGGACGAGGGAGCCCCAGCCAGCUUGGCAGCGUGGCUGGCUGCCACCCACCAGCCUCAGGUACCCUCCCGACUCACUCCAUCCUCCUCUCCCCGUGGGGCUGCCUGGGUUCUGAAUCCCAGGCACCACAGUCCCGAUAUGGACCAGAAUCUCAGGCAUUCAGAAGAAAUACUCUAUUCAGCGAUAGCAGAGCUCUGUGUGCUCACUGGAAACUUAGGCUCCACCAUCCCGGAAAGCUGAUGGCAUAUUGAUGCUAAACCUAUAUGGGCUCUGGUUUCCCUGCCUUCCGCUUAGCAGAGAACACAGACUGCGCCGGGGGAAUAAUGGGGUGCAGGGGGCGCCCAAAGCACUGAUUUCAGUUGGUCCACAAUAAAUAGCACAGUCUCAGAGUUGGGUUGGGCACUUUGGUGUGGAACAGCCCCAGGAUUCCUGGGCAGCACGGCGUGCCCACAGCUCAGGAGAGAAAGCUCUCAGGGAUCAAGACUUGCUGGCUUUAGGACCUGGGAAAUAACAUUGGGAACAGCCCACCCAGGUACCAAGUGGUGGACGUGUUCUCGGCAUCCUGUCCCUGUGCCAGGGAGGAGGCCUUCACCUGUGUUAGGUCCCUCCCAGGGCUGGGUCAGACCCUGGCCCACAUCAUGCCACAUCUUGCCCAUAAUCCAAGCCUCACGCCCCUGGUCUUACAGGUGUUCUAGUGGCUUCUGUGGUCUCCCUGGUUGACAGCAUUCAGCUCCUUGGGGCUCUCACUUUAGGCAGGAAAUGGUGAAAGCAUGCGGUCAAAAGCGUAGCCCGCAGGGCUGAGAGCUUUUCCCAUAAACCUAAGUGAUUUCAUUAUGGGGACUGUGUUGUGGCAGGUGUCUAUGUGAAGUUCAUUAAAAUGGAAGUCCCCACAAACCACAGUCAUCCGAUCCCCGUGAAGUUGUACUCAAGGUAAUGAGCAGCCAUCGUGUCUGUCUCUGUUAACAGGCAACCUGCAUUUUCACCCAAAUGCUGUUGAACUUGCGGGGUCAACACACCGUAUUGUGAAAAUGGAACAAACUUUAAACCCGUGUUAUCUCUUUUCUUAUGCAGUGAAGCAACUUCAGCAAAAGAAAGUAGCCAUCGUUAUUCUCUGUUUGUGCCUCUUUAACUUCGCUUCCGAUCUGAUCUCUGUCAAUGCAUAAAGACUCACUUUACCUGGCA